AUGACUGCUGCUGCUGGAGGGGUGUCCGGUGCAGCAACGUUACUGGCCAUGUGCUCGAGCUUCGUCUCCGAGCCCUGCCUGUCCCCUGCGAUCUCAGUUACGAUGACGAUGAUGAUAACAUCCUUGGUGGCCCCGAUGACUUCGACGACAAAAGUCACAAAACCUCUAUGUUUUGAUGGAGCAACAGCUCUGCAAUUCCAGAUAGCUCCUCUGCUCUCUCUGGAGCGCCUGGAGCAUCUCGAUCUCAGCUGGAACGGCUUUCAGGAGGGAUCACCAAGGCUGCCGGGGAGCUUGAGAUACCUGAACCUCUCCAACACGGGGCUCGGAGUCGGCGGCGAUGCCGGUAUGGUCCUCUAUCAGCUCGGUAUCAGUAAUCUUUCAAGACUUCAAUAUCUCGACCUUUCCAACACUUGGCUUGAGGGUGUGGUGCCUCCUCAGCUCAGUAAUCUCUCAAACCUUGAAUAUCUCGACAUCUCCAAGAUUGGGUUCGACGGUGUGCUGCCUCCUCAGCUCGGUAAUCUUUCGAAGCUUCAGUAUCUUGACAUUUCCGGCAACGACAGGAUGAACUCCUCGGAUAUGUCAUGGGUAGAACAACUGCAGUGGUUAGGGUACCUUGAUUUGGGGAAAGUAGACCUCAGCAAAGCAUCCAAUUGGGCUCAUGCCGUGAACAUGGUCCCUUCACUCAGGGUUCUUGUUCUUUCUGACUGCAAGCUUGCAUGUGCAAACCAGUCGCUCCCAUACGAACUACGUAUCUUAGAUCUAGCCAGCAAUCUUUUGGAGGGAGAAUUUCCUCAAUGCUCUGGGACGAUGUCACAAAGGAGUGCUCUUAUUUUAAGUAAGAACAACCUCUCUGGCAUGUUCCCAUCUUUUCUGCAAGACUGCACACAGCUGGGGCUCCUAGAUCUAUCAGGGAACAAGUUCACUGGAAGGUUACCUAUCUGGAUUGGGGACUUGAUGGAAUUACAGUAUCUAAGUCUAAGCAAUAAUUUGUUCUACGGGAACAUUCCUUUCACCAUUACAAAUCUUGGGAAACUUCAUGAUUUGAAUCUCGCAGGCAAUAGUUUAUCAGGAGCGAUACCUUGCCGUUUGUCAAAUUUGACGGCGAUGGCAGGAUAUGGUAAGCAUGAUGGUGGUGAGCAAGAUUGGUACUUUGAUACAUCUCCAAGUAUGUUAUCUGUUCUGACAAAGGGCCAAGAACUUCAUUAUGGUGGUUUUGCACUUCCCAGCAUGGUGAGCAUUGACUUGUCAUCAAACCACUUAAUUGGUGGAAUUCCAGAAGGAUUAUCUUCUCUUGAGCUUUUAAAAAAUUUAAAUUUGUCAAGGAAUUACUUGAAUGGAAAAAUUCCAGAUAAGAUUGGCUCCAUGCGAUCAUUGGAAUCACUUGACCUCUCAAGCAACAAGUUUUCAGGGGAGAUCCCACAAAGCCUGUCAAAUUUGUCAUAUUUGAGCUACUUGAACCUGUCAUACAACAAUCUAUCAGGAAGAAUACCAUCAGGAUCACAACUUGACACCCUUUAA